CAAUAAAUUGACCCUCAUUUUUAUCAUUUUUAUAUUAUAUAGUUUUUAUUAAAGCUGUGACUCACAGCAUAGACUCAGUUUCUUUUACAGUAUAUACUUUUUUAAAUUCUGGGUUUUCAUUCUCAAAUUCAAACUUAUCCUCUUACAUUUUUCCCCUUUUUUCUCUCUCUAAUUUUCUCACUAAUUCACGAAGGAUCCAAGUUAUUUCUUUUUUUUUUUUUUUUGUUUAAAUUCUUUAAUUAUCCUCGUUUUCUGCUGCUACUGCCAGCUUCGGAUCUGCAGUUUCUUCGCUCCCCACAAAAGGGUUGUUUCCAACAUUUGAGUCAAAAAUUUAAUUUGGGGGAACGGAAAUUAGGGUUGGAUCUUGUGUAAAAUAUAUAAUUAAUUGAAGAAAUUUUGUGGGUAGUGUGUAAAUAUUAGGAAAUUGUAAGGAAAUGAGUUCUGUUGUAUUGCGGUUGAGAUAAGUUAUUGGAAAUUUAUAUUAUUAUGAUGGAUAAUGUUACUUCAAAAGACGGGUAUUAUGAUGCUGAUCUUGAAAUGGGGGGAGUUUGUGAUAACCUAGAUUAUAGUGGGGGUGAAGAAAUUGAGAACAAUAAGAUGAAACCAUUGUAUUUUGAGGGUAGUGGUAAUGGAGGGAUUAAGUUUGAAGAGAGGUUAUCGCCUUCGAUUGCUACGAGUUGUGGCGGGGAAGACACGGAGAGUGUGAAAUUAAUGGUAAUAGAUGAAAGGAAUGUGGAAUUACCGGAGAAGAAGGUGGUUAAGGAGAGACCAAAGGCGAUGAGUGCUAAGAAACCCCCGAAACCCCCAAGACCGCCUAGAGGUUUGUCGUUGGAUUCAGCUGAUCAGAAGCUGAUUAGGGAACUUCAUGAACUUGCUAGACUUAAGCGUGCAAGGGUUGAGCGAAUGAAAGCAUUGAAGAAGACGAGAGAAGCAAGGGUUUCUUCCCCAAAAAACCAGCUAUUUGCUACUCUGCUUACUGUUUUGUUCUGCCUAGUUGUGCUUUUGCAAGGAAUUUCAUCUAGGACUAGUUCAGCUGCAAGCUUCCAGGGAUCGCCUAUCUCAUCUGGAGUCGCAGAGCGUAGCAUUAUUUCUGUUCAGCAUAACCCGAUAUCAUCAGCAAGCUAUGAUAACGGAUCCGGUUUUGAAUCUCAUAGAUUAGUGGAGCAGUCUUCUGGGGAUAAUAGAGCAGAACAGGUGAGCAGAGCUGUGGGCUGAGUAUAGCUUGCAGCCUAGGGCCCUAGUGUGCUUUUGUGGUUUCAGGAUUCACCAAAUUUGGUGUGUUAGUUAUUCUUCUGCUGCUGAUGGUUGUGUAAAAACACUCAUACUAAUAACAAAAUCUGUAGCUUUUUGAUUUUGAGAUGUACAUAGUGUUGCAUAAGCAUAAAUUGUGUGCUUCGUAGCUUCUUGGGGCUUGAAGCAUUUUACUGAUAUAUAGAAUAACAAUUAUUUUAAAA